AGUACACCACAGGUUGACUUUGUCGCUAUUGGUCGAAAUGCCGGUACCUUGGAAAAGUAAGCACCCGAUUGGUUGGCUUUUCCAUGACGUUUCGCCGUUUAUCUUGCAGAUGGCGGAGCCGGACGGCGGUCGCAGCUAGCAACAAAACAUUUUCUUCUGAAUGAAAAGUAUUUAAGUGUAGUAGCGUUUCCUGAGCAUUUAAGUGGAACAAUAUUUGUUUUGUUUUUUUAAUACAUAUGAAAUUAUCAAGCUAUUUAAUCUUUGCGUUUUGUACAGUAUUUAUAUUCUAGCAAGUAGCCCGGUUAGCAUCUUUGUUGGAAGUUUAGGCCUGGUGUGCCGCCGCUUGUCGAUUUUAACAAUAGCCGUGAUACACUCGCCUCUACUGUGGUUGUUUUGAUACCUUCGGAGGAUUAUCUUAGACGCGAACUGGAUAUAAAUAUGGCAAAUAAACGAGUGUUAACGGCUUAGAGCAAUUGGAAUAUUUCUUAUGUCUAUGGACUUUUAAUUUCACUGGAUUACAAGGCAUUUUUGCGAGCUGCAUUACGAAAAUUUAGUAUCACAAAGGAAGGAAGAUGUCCAACGGCGCAGCGGGGAGCGGAGGUCUUACUUGGGUGACCCUCUUUGAAAAAAACAAUGCCACCAAAAAGGAGGAGGCAAAUGGCAGGGGUGACGCUGGCAGGAUGGAAGGAGCCAAGGAGAAGAAGGACGGCUCCAAGAAGAUGUCGGUGGAGCGGGUUUACCAGAAGAAGACCCAGCUAGAGCACAUUUUACUCCGUCCAGACACGUACAUUGGCUCUGUGGAGCCCGUCACUCAGCAAAUGUGGGUUUACGAUGAAGACAUUGGAAUGAAUCUGAGGGAAAUCACUUAUGUUCCAGGACUGUACAAAAUCUUUGAUGAAAUCCUCGUCAACGCAGCAGACAACAAACAAAGGGACAAGAAUAUGUCUGCCAUUAAGAUCACCAUUGAUCCUGAGUCCAACACCAUCUCUGUAUGGAACAAUGGCAAAGGAAUCCCUGUGGUGGAGCACAAGGAUGAGAAGAUGUAUGUCCCAGCUCUCAUCUUCGGCCAUCUUCUCACCUCCAGCAACUACGAUGAUGAUGAGAAAAAGGUCACGGGUGGAAGGAAUGGCUAUGGUGCUAAACUCUGCAAUAUCUUCAGUACCAAGUUCACAGUGGAAACGGCCUGUAAGGAGUACAGACACAGUUUCAAACAGACCUGGCAAAACAACAUGUCUAAGACCUCUGAGCCCAAGAUAAAGUUUUUUGAUGGGGACGAUUUCACCUGCGUGACGUUCCAGCCAGACCUGUCCAAGUUCAAGAUGGAGAAACUGGACAAGGAUAUUGUAGCAUUGCUCACUCGCAGAGCAUAUGAUGUAGCUGGCUCCUGCAAGGGUGUUAAAGUCAUGCUGAAUGGGAGGAAACUACCUGUGAAUGGGUUCCGCAGCUAUGUGGAUCUGUAUGUGAAAGACAAACUGGAUGAGACGGGUGUGGCCCUGAAGGUGGUGAACGAGUCCGUGAAUGAGCGGUGGGAGGUUUGCCUCACCAUGAGCGAGAAGGGCUUCCAGCAGAUCAGCUUUGUAAACAGCAUCGCCACCACCAAGGGUGGCAGACACAUUGACUAUGUGGUGGAUCAGAUAGUGGCCAAACUCAUUGAGGUGGUUAAGAAGAAGAACAAGGCAGGAGUCUCAGUAAAACCCUUUCAGGUGAAGAACCACAUUUGGGUGUUUGUGAACGCACUGAUUGAGAAUCCAACCUUUGACUCUCAGACCAAGGAGAACAUGACUCUACAGACCAAGAGCUUUGGGUCCAAGUGCCUUUUGUCAGAGAAGUUUAUCAGAGCAGCGACCAAUUGCGGGAUUGUUGAAAGUAUACUCAACUGGGUGAAGUUCAAGGCUCAGACUCAGCUGAAUAAAAAGUGUUCAUCUGUGAAGCACAGCAAGAUCAAAGGCAUCCCGAAGCUAGAUGACGCCAAUGACGCUGGUGGCAAACAUUCCUCUGAAUGCACUCUCAUCCUCACUGAGGGAGACUCGGCCAAGUCUCUGGCUGUCUCCGGGCUGGGGGUCAUAGGACGAGAUCGCUAUGGAGUGUUCCCACUAAGAGGCAAGAUCCUAAAUGUACGAGAGGCAACGCACAAGCAGAUCAUGGAGAACGCUGAGAUCAACAACAUCAUUAAAAUUGUUGGCCUCCAAUACAAGAAGAGCUACGAUGACCCAGAGUCCCUGAGAAGUCUGCGCUAUGGCAAGAUCAUGAUCAUGACAGAUCAGGAUCAAGAUGGCUCCCAUAUCAAAGGUUUGCUGAUCAACUUCUUCCACCACAACUGGCCGUCUCUGCUGAAACACACAUUCCUGGAGGAGUUUAUCACGCCCAUUGUCAAGGCAAGCAAGAACAAGCAGGAGCUGUCCUUCUACAGCAUUCCAGAGUUUGAUGAGUGGAAGAAACAAACGGAGAACUACAAAACCUGGCACAUAAAGUACUACAAAGGUUUGGGUACAAGUACAAGCAAAGAGGCAAAGGAGUAUUUUGCCGACAUGGAUAGGCACCGAAUCAUGUUCAAAUACAGUGGUGCAGAGGACGAUGCUGCCAUUACUCUGGCCUUCAGUAAGAAGAAGACAGAUGACAGGAAGGAGUGGCUGACUAACUUCAUGGAGGACAGACGCCAAAGGAGGAUGCAUGGCCUCCCAGAGCAAUACCUGUAUGGUACCCAAGCAAAGCACCUGUCCUACAAUGACUUCAUCAAUAAAGAGCUGAUCCUCUUCUCCAACUCUGACAAUGAGAGAUCCAUUCCAUCCUUGGUCGACGGCUUGAAGCCAGGCCAGAGGAAAGUGUUGUUCACUUGCUUGAAGAGGAACGACAAGAGAGAGGUGAAGGUGGCUCAGCUGGCUGGUUCAGUGGCAGAGAUGUCUGCCUACCAUCAUGGAGAGCAAGCCCUCAUGAUGACCAUUGUGAACUUGGCCCAGAACUUUGUUGGCAGUAACAACGUAAACAUCCUGCAGCCUCUGGGUCAGUUUGGUACACGCAUCAACGGAGGCAAGGAUGCUGCCAGCCCUCGUUAUAUCUUCACCAUGCUCAGCCCACUAGCCAAGUUGUUGUUUCCGGCAGUCGACUCCAACCUUCUGAAGUUCCUGUUCGAUGAUAACCAGAAAGUGGAGCCUGAGUGGUACAUACCCAUCAUUCCUAUGGUGCUGGUGAAUGGUGCUGAGGGCAUCGGGACAGGCUGGGCCUGUAAGAUCCCCAACUACAGUCCCCGAGAGAUUGUCAACAAUAUCAACCGAAUGCUCAACCACCAGGACCCCCUGCCAAUGCUUCCCAGCUACAAAAACUUCAAAGGGGUGAUCCACGAAUUGGGCCAAAACCAGUACCUGGUCAGCGGGGAGGUGUCAGUCAUAGACAAGAACACCAUUGAGAUCACUGAGUUACCGGUUCGCACAUGGACACAGGCCUAUAAGGAGUCGGUGCUGGAGCCCAUGCUGCAGGGUACAGACAAAACACCUGCUCUCAUCAACGACUAUAAGGAAUACCACACUGACUCCACUGUCAAGUUUGUGGUUCGCAUGUCUGAGGAAAAACUAGCCCAGGCGGAAGCAGCUGGACUCCACAAAGUCUUCAAGCUGCAGUCAAGCCUUACUUGCAACUCAAUGGUGUUGUUUGACCACAUGGGCUGUCUGAAGAGAUACGAUUCAGUCCAAGACAUUCUCAGGGAGUUCUUUGAACUCCGGUUGCACUACUACAAACUGAGGAAGGAUUGGCUGUUGGGCAGCCUUGGAGCCGAAGCAGCCAAACUAUCUAACCAGGCCCGCUUCGUACUGGAGAAGAUCGAGGGAAAGAUUUCAAUUGAGAACAAAUCCAAACGAGAACUGAUCCGGAUGCUGGUCCAGAAAGGCUACGAGUCAGACCCAGUGGCUGCCUGGGUCAGGGCUCAGGAAAAGGCUCAGGAUGAAGAUGAGCGUGAUGGCAACGACAGUGACAGCUCGAUUGACUCUGGUUCGUCAUCAGGACCCAACUUCAACUACAUCCUCAACAUGCCCCUGUGGUGCCUGACCAAGGAGAAGGUGGAGGAGCUGCUCAAACAGAGGGACCACAAGAGAGGAGAGCUAAAUGAUCUUCAGUGCAAAUGCUCUGAGGAUCUGUGGAAGGAGGACUUGGCGGUCUUCGUUGAGGAGCUGGACAAUGUGGAAGCCCAGGAGCGUGAAGACCAGAGUGCUGGCAGGGCCACCAAGCUGGUGAAGGGUAAGGUGGGCAAACCCAAGGUGAAGAAGUUGCACCUGGAGGAGACCUUGCCCUCACCAUUCGGCCGCAGGGUGGAGCCACCAACUCAGCCCAUGAAAGCUGACGCCGCCAAGAAACUGCCCAAAAAGAAGAAGGGUGACUCAGACCUGGCAGUGAAGAUGGAGUUUGAUGAUGAUGGUUUGGGCGUGGAAGGAGGAACAGGGGAAAACACAGCAGCCAAGCCCAAGACUCCACGAGUCAAGAAAGAGAAGAAAGAGCCUGGAGCUCCUCGGGGGAGAAAACCAGCCGCGCCCAAAGCUAGCUCAGCUAAGAAGGUGAAGAAGAGGAACCCCUGGUCUGAUGACGAGUCCAAAUCGGACGACGAGCUGGAGGACAGUGAACCCAUCAUCCCCAGAGAAACCAAGUCUCAGAGGGCAUCAGCUUCCAAGCCCAAAUACACGUUUGAUUUCUCGGAGGAGGAGGAAGAGGAGGAGGAUGAAGAGAACGGUGGUGACGACGAUGAUGUGGCUUCCUCUCCUGUGAGGUCUUACAAAGAUGACUUCUCCACAUCUGAAACCAAGAACCGCUACAACGACCACGACGACGAUGAUGACGACGAUGACGUAGAAGCCUAUCCUCCUCCCAAACAGACAACCACGUCCGCACCAGCAGCUAAAAAGAGCAUCUUCUCGUCCAAGUCAGCAUUCUCUGAAAAAAGCAAUGACAGUGACGGGUCCAAGUCUGACAGUGACGACGGCAAUGGCCCAGUCUUCUCCUCUUACUCCAGCAGCUCUGCAUUCGAAAAACCAUCGCCAGCAAAGAAAGCCAAGAAGCCCUCCGAUGCAGCUCCCAAACCUAAGAAACCACCAGCACCAAAAGCAAAGAAACCAGACAAGUCCAUCUGGGACUCGGACUCUGAUACUGAGUCCAAGAAGCCGUCACCAGCUCUUAAAGGUAAAGGCAGGGGGAGGAAGAGGAAGCCGUCUGGCUCUGAGGAAGACGACUACAGUCCAGUGAAGAAGCCAGGAAAAGCUGCAGGCAGAAAGUCAAAGAAAGCCACAUCUGAUGAUGAUGAUGUUGACGGGAACAGCCUGAGCAUGAUGGAUAACGUGUCCCGUGAUCGGCCGGGUCGGGCCAAGAAGGAGGUGAAGUACUUCGCCGAGUCAGACAAUGAGGAAGACGACGACGACAUGUUUGAUUAAAGCAACAUUAGUCACGUUCAAACACACUCCACUCGUAUGGAAAUUUCCUCCCGUGUUCCCACAGACUUUUGUACAUUUCCCUGUUUCAUUUUGUUUUCUUUGAUGGUGAUGUUCAAUGAUUUUUAAUGUGUAGGUGUUUUACACUUUUUAUUAUACAUAUACAGGUUUCUUUUUUUAUUCUCAUUCAAAUGUUAUGUAUUUGUCCGAAGCGGCUUUUAGAAGUUUAGAACGCUGUGCUUCAGCACAUUUUAAUUGUUAAAAUACUAUGUACCUUUUUGAACAUGAAGUUGAAAGUAAACAAUGAACUGUAAAAUGAU